AUGGUCUGUAUCAAGUUUCUAACAAAGUUUAUGAACACACUGGAAGGUGAAGAAAAAACGGUUGAAAACAUUGAGAAAAAGUUCAGGAAGUUUUGUAAAUCUGCCAAGAACAAAGAUGAAAGAUUGUGUUACUAUAUUGGGGCCCUAGAAACCUCUGCCACUGGUAUCCUUGGAGAGAUGUCUAAACCCAUGAGUUGGGGAGUACCUGCCGAUAAAGUUUGUGAAAAACUGAACAGAAAAGAUAGCCAAAUAUGUGAACUAAGAUAUCCAAAAGUAGUAGACCUGGCAACAGUGAACCUUAAAAAAUUGAAAGUAAAAGAUUUGAAAAACAUCUUAAACAACUGGGGAGAGGAGUGCAAGGGAUGUGCCGAGAAAUCUGAUUUUAUUCGUAAGAUUGAGGAGUUAAUGCCAGAGCAUGCCCCAGAGGCUCAUGCUGCCAGAACGAAAGAGGAGUUAUGAGAACAUUUUGUUUAGGCGACAUUAAUAAAUUCUUUACAGCAUCCAAAUCUCGUUGACUUUGUUACAAUCCAUUGCAAUAAUAUUUUUUUUAAGGAAGGAAAAAACAAUUUAGCUUUAACUGGUGCAGAUCAUAUAAAGAACAUUCAUUGUGGCGUUUUCCAUCGAUUAGCAAAUUCUCCCUUGUAUAAUUGGAGAUGUUUAUAUUUUGUAACCAUGUUCAUAUUGUACAUAUAAUUAUUACACGUUUCAACUUUUGUCAUGAUUACUGUUUUACUAGCUAAGUAAAAUGGACCAUUAUUCUUGAA